AUGGGAAAUAUUCAUACGGUUGGUCCUAGUGAAGCCCUAGUCAUUUCUGGAGGAUGUUGUGGGGCUGCAAAAGUUCGUACAAUAAUUGGUGGAUGGGGAUGGGCUUGGUGGCUUGUCACCGAAGUUCAAAAAAUUUCACUCGGGGUAAUGACUUUAAAUCCAGUGUGUGAAAAUGUUGAAACAUCAGAAGGAGUUCCUUUAACGGUUACAGGUGUUGCCCAAGUAAAGGUGAUGCGAGACGAUAAACUACUCGAAGCAGCUUGUCAACAGUUUUUGGGAAAGAAACAAAGUGAAAUACAAAAUACUGUCCUUCAAACAAUGGAAGGACAUUUAAGAGCUAUUUUAGGAACUUUAACAGUAGAAGCAAUCUAUCGUGAUCGUGAUCAGUUUGCUGCACUAGUCCGUGAAGUAGCUGCACCAGAUGUAGGACGUAUGGGAAUUGAAAUAUUAAGUUUCACCAUAAAAGAUGUUUAUGAUCGUGUGGAAUAUUUAAAUUCUUUGGGACGUGCACAAACUGCAAUUGUGAAAAGAGACGCUGAUAUAGGAGUUGCUGAAGCUGAACGUGAUGCAGGAAUUAAGGAAGCAGAUUGUGAUCGUUCACGUCUAGAUGUACGUUAUGCAGCUGAUACGCAUAUUGCUAAUUCAACUCGUGAAUUUCAACUGAAAAAAGCAAGUUUUGAUCAAGAAGUGAAUACAGCUCGUGCUGAGUCUGAAUUAGCCUAUAAAUUACAGGCGGCUAAAGAAAGACAAAAGAUUAGAACGGAAGAAAUUAAUAUCAAUAUUGUUGAAAGACGUAAACAAAUUGAAAUUGAAGAAAAGGGUAUAUUAUGCAGUGAAAAGAAUAUGGAUGCUACUGUACGACGUCCAGCUGAAGCAGAAGCUUAUCGAUUACAACAAAUUGCUGAAGGUAAUAGAACACAGAAAAUACUUCUAGCUCAAGCUGAAGCCGAUGGUAUCCGUAUGAAAGGUAUUGCUAAAGCUGAAGCUUUGGAAGCUGUCGGUAGAGCAGAAGCAGAAAGAAUGCGUCUAAGAGCUGAAGCCUACAAUAAAUACGGUGAUGCUGCUAUCCUAAAUCUUAUAUUGGAUACAUUACCUCAAAUAGCUGCCGAGGUUGCAGCUCCAUUAAGCAAAACUAAAGAAAUUGUCAUUAUGAAUAGUUCAAAUGGUGAUCCAGUUAAUUUACAAACUCUUACUAAUCUAGGUAAAGAUUUUGCCACACUUGUAGGUACUGUUCCACAUGCAGUACGAGCUUUAACAAGUGUUGAUCUUAGUCAGUCAAUUGCCAAGAUACCAGGAGCUAAAGUUGCUACUUCCUAA